UACAUUCAUUCCACUGCCGACCGUUGAAUCGUGCGAAGCUCGCGAAAGUUCCCACGAUUUUAUUAUCGAUUGCUGGUGCUAAGCAACCGGACGUCAGAAGGUUCGCCUGCUCCUUUGGUACCGUGUGUGGUACGUUCUUGCCAUAUUCCAUCGCUCUGUGUGCAUCUGGAAGGACGUGUACUAAGCAGCCGCAGCAGCAGCACUACCAACAGCUUCUAUCGUUUUCGGCUGCAAGAAGAAGUGUAAUUGGGCUUUUCCCUCCGGCAGGGACUUUCUUUCAUUUCCCCUCACUGAUAAGUACCUUUAACCGUUCAGGGAUGAUGGUGUGGGUAUCCGACUACGAUUUCGACCCCAAGGGUCAAAAGAUGAAUCCCGAGGCGGUUUCGCAUUUAGAGCAUAUUUGCUCCCUCGAUAUUGACUCGAAAACUCCGUUCGUGCGUCUUUCCGGUAUUAUCUGUACGAUUGGACCGGCCUCGGUUUCGCCCGAAAUGCUCGAGAAAAUGAUGGCAACCGGUAUGAACAUUGCGCGAUUGAACUUUUCGCAUGGUUCCCAUGAAUAUCACGCCAACACGAUCAAGAACAUCCGUGAAGCUGUCGAAAACUAUUCGAAGAAACUGGGCAAACCGUUCCCGCUCGCCAUUGCACUCGAUACGAAGGGACCCGAAAUUCGUACCGGUUUGAUCGAAGGCAGCGGAACCGGAGAAGUCGAGCUGAAGAAGGGUGAGAAGAUUCAGCUCACCACGGACAAGGAGCACCUGGAAAAGGGCAACAAGGACAAGAUCUAUGUCGAUUACGUGAACAUCGUGAAGGUGGUCAAGCCAGGUGACCAUGUGUUCGUAGAUGAUGGUCUCAUUUCGCUGGUUGUGGAUAGUAUUUCGGGCGAUACGCUUACCUGCAAUGUGGAAAAUGGUGGCAUGUUGGGAUCUAGGAAGGGUGUAAACCUCCCAGGCGUCCCGGUAGAUCUGCCGGCCGUGUCAGAAAAGGACAAGUCGGAUCUGGUGUUUGGUGUUGAGCAAGGAGUGGAUGUCAUCUUCGCUUCCUUCAUCCGCAACGCUGCUGCGUUGAAGGAAAUUCGCGGUAUCCUUGGUGAAAAGGGAAAACAUAUCAAGGUUAUCUCGAAAAUCGAAAACCAACAGGGCAUGCAGAAUCUGGACAAGAUUAUUGAGGCAUCCGACGGCAUCAUGGUUGCUCGUGGCGAUCUGGGCAUUGAAAUCCCGGCCGAAAAGGUGUUCUUGGCACAGAAGUCAAUGAUUGCGCGGUGCAACCGUGCGGGAAAACCGGUAAUCUGCGCCACCCAGAUGCUGGAGUCGAUGAUAAAGAAGCCGCGUCCGACACGUGCCGAAAUCUCAGACGUUGCCAAUGCUAUCAUCGACGGUGCGGACUGUGUGAUGCUGUCGGGUGAAACAGCCAAGGGCGAGUAUCCGCUUGAGUGUGUGCUGACGAUGGCCAAAACGUGCAAGGAAGCAGAAGCUGCCUUGUGGCACCGCAAUCUCUUCAAGGAUCUGGUGGACACGACACCAACGCCUCUCGACACGGCCGCUUCCAUCGCCAUCGCUGGGGCAGAGGCUUCAAUCAAGAGUCGUGCCGCCGCCAUCAUCGUCAUUACCACCUCGGGUCGUUCGGCGCACUUGAUCUCCAAGUAUCGACCGCGCUGCCCGAUCAUUGCUGUGACCCGUUUUGCACAAACGGCGCGCCAAUGCCAUCUGUACCGAGGAAUUUUGCCCGUCAUCUAUGAGCAACCUGCCAUGGAGGAUUGGCUGAAGGACGUCGAUGCCCGUGUGCAAUACGGCAUUGAAUUCGGCAAGGAGCGCGGAUUCUUGAAGCCAGGUAAUCCAAUUGUCGUUGUUACUGGCUGGAAGCAGGGCUCUGGAUUCACCAACACAAUCCGUGUGAUCAAUGUUGAAUAAAUAAGUAAUACCGUAUCAUCAGAGAGCGUCAUACAGGGGAUGUGGUAAAAGUGUUGUUAUCUACCAAACAAUGGCCUCGGAAAUAGCAGUCCAUUAUAGUGACUAUAAGCGGUAAACUGCAAUUUGUAGUGCUUCAACUAUAACCGGAAAUCUAGUAUUGUUAAAUUACUGAAGAUUUCCAACUCACAAAGUGAAUAACACACAUCCAGAGACAUUCAAUGUCCCUUCUCUUUAGCUGUUCCUUUCGUGCGUUCAGUUUAUUUAUUGUAACCUAACAUCUAAAUUAUUGUCCACACUUUACGAAAAAUGUUGAAUUGGUCGGUCGUUAGAUUGGCGCAGGCUAAAGCAACAUCCAAUGCGACGUAUGUCUUGGUUUUAAAUUAUGAAAUUUUAUCACUAAGUGAGAUGUAAUAGUAUAAUCAGUUUAGGCGUUCGCAUGAAAUGGACAGGGAUAUUUGAAACACGCUACAAGAGAGAACAAAAAACCACCACCAACAUGGUCAUGUGAUGCACUAACAUUUGUCACAUGCCAAUAAUCAUCAUUCAGCAUAAACAUCGUUGAGUACUAGUUACAGGUUAACGAUAUGCGUCAAUGUGGCGAAUAAAAGUUAUGACACUUAAACACA